ACGGCUGAGGCGGAGAGUCGCUGGUGGAAACUAACGAAAGGGCAAUGCGAGCUCUGGUAGCUAAUGUGCGCCAUUGUCGUCUUUUUAAACAACAUUGUGUACGUUUUAAUGUCGUCUAACUACUGUUAUGAAUACCCAGCGGGAUUCGGAAGCCAGUGACCUUUAAAAACUUUUAACGCGGUUUGUUUUAUUGUUUCUCUUCCGAAGGGAAUUGGCGGUUUGACUUUCGAAAUGGAUAUUAGCUAACCGGCUAGCUAACGAGAUACCGACCUGGAAAUAAGUUGGCUGAACUGGUCGAAAGAAUCGUUAUAUAGUUCCUGUGUGGAGAAAUAUUCGGUCUUUUAGUCGAUUUUUUAUUUAAUGUUGUUUUUUAGUUGUUUUGGGGGAAAUAAACUUCAGGAAACCGUACUAGCGAACUAGCUCCUCAGUCCCCCCGAAAGCGAAGAGGGGAAGGAGCCGUCUCUUCCUCGACUCCUCCGGCCACGGGCACAAUGUCGAACUCCCAGAACCAGCCGCCGUUUCCCAACCAGCAACCACAGCAGCAAAACCCGAUUCAGUUUCCACAAUUUCAUGGGAAACCCAUGCAGAUAAAGAAAAACGCCAUAACGGACGACUACAAGGUCACCAAUCAGGUUCUCGGUUUGGGCAUCAACGGGAAGGUUUUGGAAGUGGUUCAGAAGAAGAGCCUGGUGAAGUAUGCGCUGAAGAUGCUACAAGACUGUCCUAAAGCCAGACGAGAGGUAGAGCUCCACUGGCGAGCGUCCCCCUGUGCUCACAUUGUCCGUAUCAUUGAUGUAUACGAGAACCUUUACCAGAGCCGCAAGUGCUUACUCAUCGUCAUGGAGUGCAUGGAUGGAGGGGAGCUGUUUAGUCGGAUUCAGGACCGAGGGGACCAGGCGUUCACUGAGAGAGAGGCCUCAGAUAUUAUGAAGAGCAUAGGAGAAGCCAUCCAGUUCCUUCACGGCAUAAACAUUGCACACAGAGACGUCAAGCCGGAGAAUCUCUUGUUUACCUCAAAAAGGCCCAAUGCCUUUCUCAAACUGACGGACUUUGGGUUUGCCAAGGAGACAACCACACACAAUUCACUGGCCACUCCAUGCUACACUCCCUAUUAUGUCGCCCCUGAAGUUCUUGGUCCAGAAAAGUAUGACAAGUCCUGUGACAUGUGGUCUUUGGGUGUCAUCAUGUAUAUUCUGCUCUGUGGUUACCCACCUUUCUAUUCUAACCAUGGGCUAGCCAUAUCUCCAGGGAUGAAGAGAAGAAUCCGCAUGGGACAGUAUGAGUUUCCCAAUCCUGAAUGGUCUGAAGUCUCAGAAGAAGCCAAGCAACUUAUUAGGAUGUUGCUGAAGACGGAACCCACACAGAGGAUGACCAUCACAGAGUUCAUGAAUCACCCCUGGAUCAAUCAGUCAAUGGAAGUGCCACAGACCCCCCUCCACACAAGUCGCGUGCUACAGGAGGAGAAGGAUACUUGGGAGGAUGUCAAGGAGGAAAUGACAAGUGCCUUGGCCACAAUGAGAGUGGACUAUGAGCAAAUCAAAAUCAAGACCAUUGAGGACUCCUCCAAUCCAUUGCUGAUAAAGAGGAGGAAGAAGGCCAACAUGGCAACUGAAAAUCAGACACCUGCCUGCUGAGGACACAGUGUUUGCCCACCUUUCCUUUAUACACGUGUACACACACACACACACACACACACACACACACAAAAGACGUACGUUCAUACAUUCAAAAGGUUGUAAAAAGGAAGCAAUAAUUCAUGAAAAUGGGAAAGUGAACAUGAAUGGAAUUUUCCUUAAGUUUGUUUUGAUUCUAAUCUUUUAUCAAUUUUACUGUUUGUUUAAAAAAAAAACACAUUUGUUUUUAUUACUCAGACUUUGUAACUAAUCAACCACUCUAUACCCUGAAAAAGGGUUAUGAAAUUUGGAAAGAGAUUAUGAAUAAGAAGGAGCUAAUGUCUGUAGUAGCUUAUUUUGUGGUGUCAGAGCAAUUACUGUUUUUUCACAUGGUAUUUUGGGUUACCUGAACAUUGAAGAGAAGGAACAUUUUGUCUUUCUCGAUUUCAUUAUUAUUUUUCCUUCCUUUUUUUUGUUUUUUAAUCAAUCGACAAAGCCAUUGGUCACGCACACUUUUUUCACUGCAAUUUAAUUUCAUACUACUCAUUCUUAUGUUAUGGGAUGGACUUGCAGACUGAAUUGCACUGUUUUAAUAUGGGUUACCCUUGCAUAGGUAUUUCUUCGGUUCUUGUGACAGAAAGACCUGAGGAACUUGAGCCUUAUGCAGGUUUUCUCACAAAAUGCCCCUCCCCCAUUUUCUCAGAAACACCCCUGCACUUGUAUGUUGUGUGUUUAAAAGGCUAGUUCCAAAAAUGUAAUGCUGUUGUCAUCACCACCAUGCAGAUAGAGCAAAUUUCUGAAAUGACUUGUCGAAUGUAGACAAACUGUUACUUACUGUGAAGCCCUUUGAACGUCUCUCACUGACGCUUGAGGUUCAGUCACUCAGAGCGUCCGGAUCUUUAAGAGCUUCAGAUUUCAUUAUUAGUGGCCUGUGUUGCUGAGGUCUGGUUUGACUGUGGAGGGACCUGGCAUCUGUUCUCCCAUUGGAGUCACCCAUGGAUUCUUGCCCAGUCCUUUACACAAGGAAGCCCCCCUCUUCAACACAUUUUAUUUGUUUUUUGACUGUUUUGUUGAUUCUAUGCUUUAUGCACUCGCUAUGGGUGUAUUUUGAUCCGCCUUGUCACUGAAAUCGCUAUGCAUUUUGUUUCCUCAGCCAACCCCUCCUAAAAAAAAGUAUUUUAAAGAAUGUUGGUCAGUGUUUGUUUAGAAAUAUCUGGGAUGCAGUACAUGGGCUGCACAUUUUACACUCUCUGCCCCUAAAUAGUGAAUUGCAAAGCCAUUUCUUAGGAACUCAAGUUGACCUGCCAAAAGUUCAUUGUAACUGAAGGUCUGUUUAUGAGUAUGAAUGGACUCUGAUCGAUGGGCAGUUUCUGUUAGAGCAUAGCUGUGUUUUUUGCUAUGGUAGUGGAUUUUUUAUGUCCAAGAUUAGCUUGCAUUACCCAAUGAGAACAGCUAUGUAAAGACAGCUAUGUGGAUGAUAAUCAAAGAAAUAUAUCCUUUGCCCUCAGGCCCAAGUGUUACUGUAGUUUUAUGUGCCCUUAAGUGAUGGGGAUCAGGUAUGAAUUGACACAGACCAACAUCCUGCAGCAGGUCAGCUGGUUAGAUGGUCAGAAGCCUCCAGCAGACUAGCAUUGCUGCAGUCUGUAGCACUGGUAACUGUGGUGGUGUCUCUUUUAAAUCUGUCGCCUCAAAUUUCAGUACAGUUCAGUGUGUUGAAAGUCCUAAGUGGAAGCAGUGGACUGCCAACUCAUGAUCAUCCAAAGGAUUUCUGAUUAUACUUAUUCCUCAGUCUGGAAAUUUAAAGAAUGUUUUUUUUGAUAUUCACUUGUUAAUUUUUAAACCAUUCUUUCUCUUUUUAUUUCCUCUACACAAAGAUUGCUUUUUUUCCUCUGGCACAAAUUUGACAAAUAGGAUGUAGAGAGUGUUGCCUGAGCCCCAGGUUUACUUGCAGGGGAGUCAAAUGUAUUUUCAGUGUUCAGCUGCUGUACCUAAGUCUUGGUCUGCUUCAACUUUGGAUUAAAACACAUAAAAACAAACCUGUCUUUGGUGCCAUGUUUAAAUGUAAGACUCCCAAUGUGUGCUAUGUUGAUUUAUGCUCUGUAAUGCUUGAUUAGGUCUUUGAUAAACAAAAGAAGUGUUUGUACAUGCUUGAUGUGUUUUGUGCCUAAAAUGUUGUUUAUGCUUCCUAAUAAUUCCAUACAAUGAAUUCUUGAGUAGGGUUGUUGGAAGGUUGAUGUGAGCCAUUCUCCAUAUCACGGCCAGUACCGAUUGUCUGGCAAUGAUGAGAGUAACCUGGGGUGUUCUUGAGGUUAUGAGAGUAAACUGAGGUGAGGUUUUUGGGUUUGGCAUUUUUGCAACUCAACCUGAGACAUUGGCAGUAUGUCAAAGCGUGUCAUGGUUUUGCUCUGAUGAGGUUUGAAACGGAGGUAGAAAAUGCACUUAAAAGGAGCUCUGAUUAUUUAACCUUGGCUCUUUUUUUAAUGUAACCACUGUCAUUGACACAUUUGAUAGUUAAUUUAUUUGCUCUUUAGUUUGAGUAUUUCUAAAGGGGCUGGUCAUUAUUGUUUAGAUCAAUGAUUUUCCUAGUGGCCUCUUCCCUGGACAGUGUCAGCACUCCUAACUCAAAGUGCUUGAUAUUUACCUGAUCAGUAGGAUUUGGUGUAUUGGGACAGGGAGUACUUGGAUCUUUGCAGGGCAGUGGGUUCCAUUGAUUGCAGUUGAGAACCACUAGUUUAUGCAGAGGUCAUGAUCCCUACCCCUUGGUGAUACAUCCCUAAUCCACUUUAUAAGUCUGUGAUCUCUAGUUGUUCUACAGGAUAGAUUGAGCCAUUGCCUCGCAAUGCGUGGUUUCAUCACUGUUAAAUUGUGGACAGUUGAAACUUCCGCAGGCCAUGAGUUGUGACAACUUAUAUGUUUGUUCCUGGUUACUGUUUAACAGUGCCAUUUUUAAUCUGGCCCCUUUUUCAUCUAAAAUGCUCCACAGUUCACCAGUUAUGCUGAUGGUUGACUCUGAGGUUUCCAUCCUGACCCUUUGCUUUGUGUUUGUGGCUGAUUCUAAGGUCAGCGACUUAAUGUGCCAUAAUUUUAGAUCAUGGCAUCAUGGCUUGUUAAUAGUUUGGCUAAAAUUUCCACCAGUAAUAUUUGCAUAAGUUUGUGGAAGUUAAGCAGCUGACGGCAAACAUGCGCUGAAAAUGCAGUAGUAGUAGUAAGCACUCUAAUAUGCAAACUUGCUGGUUUUAUUUUAAAGUGACUGUGCUCUUCUGUAAGGAGCUGAUCUGUAGAGAAUUUAAUUGCCUGUUGUUGCUGCUGGGGUCUUAAUCAUGAAUUUUUAAAAAAGAUGGGUGCCUGAUCCUGGUCAUCUACUGUGCUGAUCCAGCACACCUAAUCCAGUUCAUGAAGGCCUUCAGGAGCAUCUGAAUAUUAUGUUAAAACGAACCUCUCCAAGGAAGUUGGGCUCUCCUGGCACUACUGAAGACAAGACUCUGAACAGCACCCUGGAAGUAAUCUCUUCAUCUCCUGCUGUCUUUUUGCUUGAUAGCAGUUCUUGGCUUGACUGGAAAUGAACUGCUUCUGAAACAGUUUUGUUUCCAGAAGAAGGCAAUAGUACUUUCAUUGUUGGUAAACACAGCCAGGUAAUCGAACAUCUGUACGACUGAUGUGUGCCGAAAGGAAGCGAUGGCCAAGCUGUGAAAUGGAAACUCGCGACUAGGCAUAAUUUAUCUUCACUGUUCAUCAUCCUAUCUUGUUCAUGCUACACUUUUGAUUUAAAAAAUUUUUUUUUUCAGUGUGCAUUGUUUUGCUCGAUGACAAUACAAAGCAUCACUGGGGUGGAAAAAUACAGAGAAAUGUAAGUGAAAGUAUAGAAUACAGAAUCUUAGUUAAAAGUGGAAGUAUGGGGCUAAAAAUAAAUGAGUGGAAGUAAAAGUAUCAAUAUAUAAACAUACUGAAGUUUAUAAAGUAUAAAAAAUGAUUGUUUUAACAAGUUUUCUUCCUCAUACAAAGACAUUUGCAUAGUUUUGUUCAGUUUCAUUUUACAAUGAUGGUUUGGUUAGAUGUUUUAAUAAAAGCAAAUUCAAAUGCACAAGAA